AUGGGGAACAAGAAAAAAUCGAGAAAAAUACAAGAGGUCCACUUCCAGGAAGAGGAGGGGGACCAACAGCAGCUCGUCGACUUCGAGCCCGAAGGGGAGGACGAAGAACAACACGUCCUACCGUCCCCCACCGGCCUGUCGUCGCCGUCUCCAUCGUCGUCGUCGUCCUCUUUGUCGGAAGACGAAGGGAAUCGGUCGCACCGUUCAUCGGAUGACGAUGAUGGUGUGGACCGGUUAUCGUCCUUGCAGUUGCUGGAGGCAACGUGCAAGGAGGAGGUGAAAGCGUACCUCCGAGCGUUGCGGCGUAGGCAGACUCCUCCGGAGCUCUCGCCAGCUACCGUCGCGUGGCAGCAGCGUCUCCUAACGGAGUCGGUGCCUGCUUCAUCGUCUGUCGCAACAGCGUCAGCUACGUCGUCUCGUGGAGCCUCGUCUCGUGGAGCGAGUGCAACUUCAACUCCAGCGGUGGCAUCGACUGCUGUAGCGACCGAAUCCCCCGUUCGUACGUUUCUACAAGCAGCUACCGUUUCAAUAUCCGCGGCUGACCUCCGCAGCGUUCCCAAGCUGACUGGAGACCGUACAGAAAACGUGAUCGAAAUCUUGAAACAUUUUCGUACGGUGGUUGGGCUGAAAGCCGCAGCCGUCAACACGGAUUCGUCGUUUGCUGAUGGGGUUGCACUCAAGCACGUUGCCCUGGUGGGAACAGGAGAAGUGUUGACCCUGAUACAGCAGAUCUUGUCUGGACAGAUAGACUGUUCUAAGGCAAGCACGUUCACAGAACCGGAGGAAAAAGGGUCGUUUCCCCCUCCGACCACGUGGGAUGCCAUGUGUUCUGUUUUGCUUGAUUCACUUCUUCCCGCAAAUUCCGUGGAGGAGGAGGCACACAAUCUCGCAACGUUCGUUCAAGGGCCACAGGAAUCUGUUUCCUCGUAUGCUCUCCGUUUCCGUACUGUCAUGGCACGGUUCCAAGCUGCCGUCGAGCGUGAUGGUAGUCGUACCGCUUGGAAUUGCAUGACAGAGUAGCUCUGUGGCAAAAUGGGUUGACCCAUCGUUAUCGUUUGCUCUUUUAGAGCCAAUACCGUCUCCGUCCCUAAAACUCAGUGCCGCAAAUGGUGCACCAGUCAAAGUUUUAGGAUUUAUUUCGUUCGUUGUUCGGUUGGGAGACGUGUCCCGCCGAAUCGAUGCGUUGGUCGUACCAUCGCUCGGUCCUGAUCAAAUACUCCUAGACAAUGAGGCAAUGACUCGGUUUGGGGCAGUACUUGACUGGAAAAAUGAACGUUUGACUUUUGAGUGUAGUGACACUAUUGUCCCCGCUAUUCAUCGUAAAAAAUCUCAACACGGUUAUGAUCCGUCGCCGUCCCCCCGUGUUGCAGCCGUUCAUCGAAAUGCGGA